AACUUACCAGUAACCUGGUGGGCUGGAAAGGCCCGAACAGCAAUUGACCAUGCGAGAACAAUAGUGACCGGGAAACAUUACAGGGGCUGAGCCGCCUACUACAUCCAUCAUCAUCAUCCAUCACAUAUAGGAAAUGAUAUAUAUCGAACUCGGUAUCACAAGAUGGAUUAUGAUGUUUCGUUCCUUUUCGAUUCUAGCAGAGUGGACCGGGGAAAUAUCACAGGAUCAAAAAUAUUGAUAUCUAUAUAACGUCGUCAGAAGCCCUAAAGGUCGUGCGCCUACUCGAAUUCUGACAUCAGGAAACGGACAAGACCUCUCUCCCAAUACACAUCUUCCAUAUCCGUCAACAUGUUUAGGAAAAUCAAUUUGAGGUUGGCAUUACUGCUUGCCAGCUCGACAUUCAUACUGCCUUCAGUUGUCGAAAGCAAGCUCGUUUUUGCCCACUACAUGGUCGGCACCGUAGAUGCCAACACCGACCACGCCAAACAAGAUAUUGACGGAGCAAUCAAAGUCGGCUUCGAUGCCUUCGCCCUAAACGUAGGAAACCCUGGUGCAGAUUGGGCCAAAAGCACAGCGCAACAACUCUUCGACUACGCGAGCGACAAGUCGUUUAAACUAUUCUUCAGUUUCGAUUUCUACGGCAACAGUGAUAUAAGCCAGCACCAAGCGCUAUUCGCCCAGUUUAAGGACCACCCCGCACACCUAAAGUACGGGCCUGAUGAUUUACCCGUAGUGUCUUCGUAUAGCGGGGGUGGCGCUGGUCCUGAUACCUGGAAGAACUUCAAGACCGCUAAUAACGUGUACCUCAUCCCCAACCCAGAAGCCGACGGAAAUUAUUACAGCAACCCGUCUGCUUUCUUCGAGAGCUGGAGCGAUGCUGUUGAUGGUGUGUUUAGUUGGGAGACGGCUUGGCCUGAUACUUCGGACACACCAGUAAAUGUUUCCUCUACGAAAGAUGAAGCAGUUAAAUCGGCUGCUGAUGCUGCUGGAAAGGCUUACAUGAUGGGCCUAUCAUCACUCCAAUACAAGCACUGCUGCGGGGACUCCUGGUACCGCGCAGGCGAAACCAACCUCCCGGAACGGAUGGAGCAAAUCCUCUCCCUCUCCCCGGAAUUCACUGAAGUAAUCACCUGGAACGACGCAGGCGAGAGCCACUACAUAGGCCCAUGCUGGGCCGAAGGCCUAACCCCCGAAAUCCUGCAAUACGGGAACUCCGACAGCAACCCACACACCGGCUGGCAGCCCCUAAUCUCCUCCUUCAUCACCGCCUUCAAAUCCAACUCCACCACCCUAACACCCCCGUCAGGCACCUCCUUCGCAGGAGCCCUCUGGUACCGCGCCGUCUUAAAAUCCUGCUCUACGGAUGUCCCCCGCGGCUCCGGAGCCGCUGUUGAUGCUUUAAACUACGCUGUUGUCUUACCUGAGGGGAGUACGGGAUUGAGUAUCAGGGUUACUAGUGGAGGGAAGGAGGUUGCUACGCAAAGCGUGGGGCCGGGGUUAAAUUAUAACUUGGUCGCGAGUAUGGUGACUGGGGCGCAGAAGAUUGAAUUAGUGGAUGCGGAUGGAAAUGUAGUUGCGGCCGCGAACGGAAAAGUGGAUGUUUCGGAUGCGCCGACGGAUGGGUUUUGUAAUUAUAAUUAUUAUGUUGUUGGGUUGGAGUGAGGUUAGGUUGUCGAGGAGGAAAGUUGAGGAUGGGGAAAUGUGCAGAAAUUAUUUAUGAAAUAAUUUUUGUUGGAUAGUGGUGUCUAAGGGCACCAGAUGAGUUUCUACUUCAUUCUCCCCUGCCUAAUUUUCCUGUAAUCCAAGAACACUUUGUUCCUACGAGGCGGGUUUUAUUACAAAUCCUUGCGCAAGGCAUUAGGAAGAAAUUGCGUCGAAUACAAACAGCCAGACCGUCCCUGAAUUUUUGGUUACGAGGCUUAUAAUCAUAUUAUGAAGAAUCAACAUAU